CCAGGAGGGUGCCAUUUCUGUCGGCCAUGAGCUCGGCUGGCCUGGCACGGACGCUGAAAUCCCUGUGCAUCACCGGGGACCUGUCCAAGGCCGUGCGUCUCCUGUGCCAGAGCCCCCUGUGCCCCGGCGCAAGGACCUACACGCUUCUGCUGCAAGAGUGCGUGAACCGGAGGGACGCGAGGCUCGGCAAGAGGAUCCACGCGCGCAUGGUCGCCACGGGUUUCCGCUGCGGCGAGUACAUCACCACCAAGCUGCUCAUCUUCUACGCCAAGAUCGGGGACCUCGGAUGCGCGCAGAAGCUGUUCGACGGAAUGCCGCAGCGGAGCGUCGUCGCGUGGAACUCCAUGAUCUCGGGGUGGGCGCGCGGCGGCGCGGGGGAGCAGGAGCGGGCGGUGGAGCUGUUCGGCGCGAUGCGGGCGGAGGGGCUGGCGCCGGACCAGUUCACUUUCGCGUCCGUGCUGUGCGCGUGCGCGAGGCUGGCCGCGCUGGAGCGCGGCCGCCGCGUGCACGCCGUCGCGGUCAAGUCGGACGUGGGCGGGAACGUGUUCGCCAACAGUGCGCUCGUGGACAUGUACCUCAAGUGCAGCAGCCCCGAGGACGCGCGCCGGGCGUUCGCGGCGGCGCCGGAGCGGAACGUCACCAUGUGGACCGCGGUCAUCUCCGGGCACGGCCAGCAGGGGCGCGCCGCCGAGGCGCUGGCGCUCUUCGACCGGAUGGCGGCGGACGGGUUCCGGCCCAACGACGUGACGUUCCUCGCCGUGCUCUCGGCCUGCGCGCACGCCGGGCUCGUCGACGAGGGGCUGAGGCGGUUCGCGUCCAUGUCGUCGGACUACGGGCUCGCCCCGAGGGGCCCGCACUACGCGGCGGUGGUCGACAUGCUUGCCAGGGUCGGGAGAAUACAUGACGCCUGCGAGCUCGUCAAGAACCUUCCGGACUGCCAGGAGCACUCCGUGAUCUGGGGCGCGCUGCUAGGCGCCUGCAGGAAGCACGGUGGCGACGUGGCGCUGGUCGAGCUCGCCGCGCGGCGGUUCUUCCGGCUGCAGCCCGGGAACGCCGGGAAGUACGUGGUCUUGGCGAACACGUACGCCGCCCGCGAGAUGUGGGACAGCGUGGCCGGCGCGCGCGAGGCGAUGAGGGCGCUCGGCGUAAAGAAGGACCGCGCCUGGAGCGCCGUCGAAGUGCUGGGCAAGAAGCACACUUUCCUUGCCGGAGACUCGUACCACGACGAAUACUCGGCGAUAUAUAAGGUGUGCACUGCAUUGGCCUCCGCCGUCUCCGAACAAUCUGCGCGAGCAACAGAUGGUGCCAGACACUGCUGAUUGAUGCGCAUCGACCUGCAUGGUUAUUGCUGCAAUUCAGAAUGGAGAAAUAUCCUGCACAGCAAUGACAUGUAGGAGGACUGGAGGAGGUUAAAAUUACAGAUGCUCAGGUUUGCUACACUGUUUUUAACCACGGAUGCUUACCACAGCCUGAUGAAUUGUCACUGAUGAAAUCUGAAAGAGCAGAGGAAGCCCACAUAGAUAACCUGGGGAAGAAGCUGCCGCAGCAAAGGACAGGUACUACGAGGUACAGCUCCAUCUGUGCCUGUCAGUCACUAGGGGUCUCUACCUUCCUUCCAGAAGCAGCUUGUACCACAAGAUCGCGUCGACAGUUCAGGUUUCUCGAUCAUGGAGGCUCAGAUCUCAGAACAUCACAUCGAGCUGUGAAGUGGAUCCUUGCAGAGCUGUGGUACUGGUUUGGAGAUCCAGUACUGCUAUGUUUUCUAAUUUUCUUCGAUCACAUGCAUGUCCUUUUUUACCAGUGAUUCAGGGCCUGUUCGUUUCCUACCCUCUAAACUUUAGACCCA